CGAAGAAUUAAACAUAGAGUUCUGAGUUUUUGUUUCAACUUUUUAUUCAAAUAUAAUGCAUUUAUUAAGGAUAAUAUUAACGUAUACAUUUAUUUAAUACAAAUUUCACAAUCAGUUAAUGAAUCUUUCAGCAGAGGUAAUAAUGCCAUAGCUUGAUUAUUAAUAUAUUUACAGCUUAUCAGAUUCAUUUCCUUUAUGUGUUUGCAUCCUUCUAAAUUGAUAACUUACCAUUAUCAGCAUGAACAGCUUCAAUAUAAUAAGAAGCAUCUUCUGGUAUUUUGUUAUAAUCUAUUAAGUGUUCAGAGUAACCUUUCCAUCUGACAUACGCUCCAUUUCUUAGGAGCCACAUUGCACAAGCGACAUCAGGACCAAGUACCAAUAUACGGUCCUCUUCAACUCUUUAAGAAAUAGCCAUAUGUCGGCGAUGAACUAUAACGCUACUAACUGUAGUCUUCUAUGUUGUCCAUAGUUUCUGGAUUUCAUAAUUGUAUGUGCCGCCGGUUUGAAGAGUCAAAACAAACCUGUGUGACUUUACAUUGCAGUGAUCAUAUUAAGCGAAAAGCCUACUAUAUAGCAGCAAUAUGAGUCGAAGGAAAAGAGCGAAGGUGGAAUACAGGGAAAUGGAGGAGAAAUAUAAUCAAUUAGAGGAUGAGAAUGCCUCAGAUACAUCGGAAAAAUCAAAAACUGGUCUUGUAACACCAGAAAAAAAAGUUGUGCCUGAAGUAAAAAAAGAAACUGAAACUACCAUACCACAGUCUGCUCCCACAUCGUCAGCAACAAAAAUGGAAGUUAAAGAGGAGGAUGAUCAAGAUAGUGAUCAUGAAGAUCCACAUGUUAAAGAAUUACUUAACGGAUUAGAAGGAGCAGCAUUUCAGAGUCGUCUUCCUUUUGAUAAAUUAACUUCUACAGAAGCAGCUUGUUUUCCAGAUGUAUCAGGUGGUCCACCACAAACACAAAAAGUGUUUCUUCACAUUAGAAAUAGACUUUUACAGUUGUGGCUUGAAAAUCCCAAGCAACAACUAAUAGUUGAAAAUGCUUUGCCAGCUAUUGAACCGCCUUAUAAUAGUGAUACAGUACUGGCACGGAGAAUUCAUGCCUUUUUAGAAAGACAUGGUUUCAUAAACUUUGGUGUAUUUAAGCGGUUAAAGCCCUUACCUACUAAGAAGUUAGGUAAAGUAAUAGUAAUAGGAGCAGGUAUUGCUGGUUUAGCUGCAGCGCAGCAAAUGCAACAGUUUGGUUUAGAAGUAAUUGUACUUGAAGCAAGAGACCGAGUUGGAGGUCGUAUCGCAACGCUAGGUCAGGCACUAGAGUGGGUGAUACGUUUACAAGAACAGGGUGUUAAACAGCGUCAAGUAGCCCAUUUGCGUUCAGUAUUAUCGCUUCAAGGACGACUCAUCACCAAUCAACACAGGAUGACAGCAAUCAUGGACCGUUUAGUCGAGUUGAACAAACAGUAUAAAGAAAUGACCGAAAGUAAAUUACAAACACGCGAUAUAACGCAGGAGUUUGUGUUACGUUCGAAACUGCGAGAUCUUCAUAAUGCGUGCAAGGAGUGGGAUCAGUUGGCUGAACAACAGAAGGAGAUCGAGGCGAAGCUGCAGGAAUUAGAAGCCUCACCUCCUAGCGACGUGUACUUAUCCUCCAAGGAUCGUCAGAUACUCGACUGGCAUUUCGCGAACCUCGAGUUUGCCAACGCGACAUCCUUGUCCAACUUGAGCCUGAAGCAUUGGGAUCAGGACGACGACUUCGAGUUCACCGGCAGCCAUCUAACAGGUAUGAGACUGAAUUGGUCCCGAGAAGUUUCAUUUCCGGAUGGUUCGGUGAGUAUACAAGGUGUCUUGGUAGUGGGUGGACGUUGCUUUUGGAUCGGGUUUUUACUUUUAAGCGUUGUUAUUGCUAACAGAGACAUGAUAUUUAAUUUGAAAGCAGUCGAGUAA